AUGAAGUACGCCGCCGCUGCCGCUCUCCUCGUCGCCCUGGCUCGCGCCCAGGAUGUCACCAGCAUCAUCAGCCAGAUCCCCUCUUGCGCCCUGAACUGCCUGUCCCAGGGCAUCAGCAGCGCCGACUGCUCCAUCAGCGACUUCACCUGCAUCUGCUCCCAGUUCGACAGCAUCCAGGCCUCGGUCCAGCCCUGCCUUGCCAGCUCCCAGUGCUCCGAGACCCAGGUUGCCGACACCCUCCGCCUCGCCACUGGCCUCUGCAGCAACGCUGGCGGUGCCUCCGGCUCUGCUGCCGCCACCACCGCCACUGUCUCUGCCUCCAACAUCGAGACCAUUCCCGUCGCUUCUGAUUCGGCCUCUGCCUCUGCUUCCGCCACCGAGACCGUGACCAGCACCGUCGCUUCCCAGACCGUCAUUGUCUCCGGCUCGUCCACCUCCACUGUUGGCUCCAACAGCACCGCCUCCGCCCCCACUGGCUCCCGCACCACCACUGGCUCUGCCGAUGCCACCAGCUCCGGUGCUGCUACCGAGACCACUGCUGCCGGUGGUGACUCUGCUGCCGGCCGCGUCCAGGCCGCCGGCUGGGCUAUUGCCGGUGUCAUCGCCGCCGCCGUUGCCCUGUAA